CACAAUGAUGUCCUCCACAGUGCUGCUCCUUCUUCAGCUUCUCCUGCUGACCUCCCUGGUCUCGGCGUCUCAUCACUGGGGAGGAACCAUGAACGUCGCCUUCAAAGGAAGAAACCCUGAUGGAUCGUUUCAGCUGUCCAUCCGAGCCAGAGACACCUAUGAUACCUGUGAUAACCACCACUACUGGUACUGUUACAGUGGGAAUUGUAGCUCCGCAUCCAGCAGACAAAUAUCUAAAAUAGACAGUAGCACCAAUACACAAUUCUACAAAAGCCAAUGGUGCGAAACAGAAAAUAUUGAGACUUGGAGCCUCCCUACCGACAAACCGGUGCAGUUCAGGGCAGCUAGCUGCUGCUGGAUCUCAACCCGUAACUCUGUCAAAAACUGGAGGUUUAACACUCUUUUGGAUUUGGGAACGAGGUCGGACACAAGAAAACCAAAUAAAUCACCAAAAAUUGCUGUUCUGCCCUUCAUCAGAGUUCCUCAGAACUGUCCCAGAACAUACAAGCUGGCAUCGUUUGAUCCCGAUGGUGACCACGUACGGUGCAGGUACGGGAACGUCCCAAAUAUAGAAUGUGAUACCUGCAAUUCAAUCCCAGGUUUCCAACUUGAUCAGGAUUCUUGCACAUUACGCUACCAGUCCACCAGUGCCGAUUACAGAUCUUUUGGGUUUGAGAUGGUGGUAGAAGACUUUCCACGAAGCUCCGUUGAUCUGUUCUACUCAGAUGGAUCGAAAGCUCACAAGUCCCCACUGAUUGCAAGGAUGAAGAGGCAAGCAGCGAUCUAUCAGCCUACAACAAGUGCACCAGCAACCAUUAUCCCCUGGUGGCAGGGGUGGACAUCUCCCACAACAAAUACAACUGCAACUAAACCAAGAACUAAAAGAACUACGACUUCAACUACACCGAGAACUAAAAGAACUACAACUUCAACUACACCGAGAACUAAAAGAACUACAAAUUCAACUACACCGAGAACUAAAAGAACUACAACUUCAACUACACCGAGAACUAGAAGAACUACAACUUCAACUACACCGAGAACUAGAAGAACUACAAUUUCAACUACACCGAGAACUAAAAGAACUACGACUUCAACUACACCGAGAACUAAAAGAACUACUACUUCAACUACACCGAGAACUAAAAGAACUACAACUUCAACUACACCGAGAACUAAAAGAACUACAACUUCAACUACACCGAGAACUAAAAGAACUACAACUUCAACUACACCGAGAACUAAAAGAACUACAACUUCAACUACACCGAGAACUAGAAGAACUACAAUUUCAACUACACCAAUAACUAAAAGAACUACAACUUCAACUACACGGAGAACUAAAAGAACUACAACUUCAACUACACCGAGAACUAAAAGAACUACAACUUCAACUACACCGAGAACUAAAAGAACUACAACUUCAACUACACCGAGAACUAAAAGAACUACAACUUCAACUACACCGAGAACUAAAAGAACUACAACUUCAACUACACCGAGAACUAGAGGAACUACAAUUUCAACUACACCAAUAACUAAAAGAACUACAACUUCAACUACACCGAGAACUAAAAGAUCUACAACUUCAACUACACCAAGAACUAAAAGAACUACAACUUCAACUACACCGAGAACUAAAAGAACUACAACUUCAACUACACCGAGAACUAAAAGAACUACAACUUCAACUACACCGAGAACUAAAAGAACUACAACUUCAACUACACCGAGAACUAAAAGAACUACAACUUCAACUACACCGAGAACUAAAAGAACUACAACUUCAACUACACCGAGAACUAAAAGAACUACAACUUCAACUACACCGAGAACCAGAAGAACUACAACUUCAACUACACCGAGAACUAGAAGAACUACAACUUCAACUACACCGAGAACUAAAAGAACUACAACUUCAACUACACCGAGAACUAAAAGAACUACAACUUCAACUACACCGAGAACUAGAAGAACUACAACUUCAACUACACCGAGAACCAAAAGAACUACAACUUCAACUACACCGAGAACCAAAAGAACUACAACUUCAACUACACAGAGAACUACAAGACAUAGAAGCAGAUCCCCCUUCAGUAAAUUACCACUACAGUUCGCUUUCCUUGUGGACCCGCCCAUUCCUUCAUGCCAGGAGGGACUGUACCUGCCUCAGUUUGUGGCUCCAACACCUUCAGAUGGAGAACGGAUCGUGGCAGAGGUCCAAAAAGAGCUGGCGAUCAGGAUCAAAGCGCAGGCCAGAUACUCAUUGAUCGAUAAUCUGAUUUUCAGCGGACCAACAAACAUCACCAAGCACAGGCUCACACAUAAUGAAUUUGAAAUCAGGUGGACACCAGUUGAAGAUGAUCUGGGAGAUUAUUACCCAAUCUGCUUUGCUGUGGGAUCAGUGAAAAGAUCCUAUGUCUAUCAGACUGAGAUGAGGUGUGUUCUGGUGGAAAUCAGAAAGGAACAAAUUGAAGCCACAGUGACCUGCACUGAAUCCACAAUGAAGGUGGAGGUUGAAAAAGCUUCCUUCUUUGGACUCCAAGAGGAUCAUCUUCGCCUCAGUGACCCCAGCAACACCAUCUGCAACCUUGACAGGCUCUCCAACAGCACUCACAUAGUCGCCAUCAUUCCUCUCAACGGCUGUGGUACUCAGAUCGAGGAAGAUGAAGAUAACCUCAUUUUUAAGAAUGAGAUCACCACGACUGAUGAUGCCCCGAACACACUGAUCACCAGGAAGCAUCUGUUGGAGGCCCGGUUCUACUGCCAGUACCCCAAACGGGGCAAUGUGACCUUGAGCCUCUCAGCGCACAGAAAGAACAUCAGGGUGUGGGAGAAAGGUUUUGGCACGUUCACCUACCAGUUCGAAUUCUACCAGGAUGACCAGUUUGGAGCCAUGUUCGACCCAAACUCAUACCCUCUGGAGUUUGACAUCAGAAACAGGAUUUACAUGCAGAUAGACGCCAGCUCCUCCGUCAACGACACCGUGAUGUUUGUGGAGUCCUGCAGAGCUGCGCCAUAUGACAACCCCAACUACCAGCCAACCUACUCCAUCAUUGAGAACGGGUGCGAAGUUGACCCGACUGUGCAGAUCCACCCCACCCCCAACGACAGACAGUUCAGGUUCAGCAUGGAGGCCUUCAAGUUCAUUGGGUUGCAUGAUCAGGUGUACAUCAGCUGCACAGUUAUGAUGUGUGAAGCAGGGAACCCCAACACAAGGUGCUCGCAGGGAUGCAUCAACUCCCCAUGGUCCAACAACUUAGGCCGCAGAAAGAGAGAGGCUACGGUCGAGAGCGGAAAGCACUUUGUUUCCCAGGGUCCUCUGCGUUUGAGGCGUGCAGCAGACCCCAGAGGAGGCUCAGCAUUCAACCUGAACCUGAACCUGGUGUUAGUUGCUGGAUGUCUUCUUCUUGCUGUUGGGAUGGUCUGUGGUGUGAUCAUCUACAGAACCAAAACCUCCAGGGCCAAAUAUCAGCCUCUGCGCUCAUAUGAGAACUAAAACUGUAGCGUCUGCCAGGCUGCUUGGAUUAUUAGCAUGUGGGAUUAUGGGUGAUUUUUAAUUAACUCUCUUCAAUUUCUAAUAAAGAUGCUAAUAGCUGCUUUAUUUAACAGCUAUGUUUGUUGAUGCUAAUAUGGAAGAAGAUCCAGUUGAAAUAUGUGGUUUUCUAUUGAAUAAAACGUUUUUCUCCUGUUCUGUAUUACCAUCAUGACCUGAGGGUAUUUGAGUUUUGUUCUGGACCUUGUUCAUGAUUGUUUUCCAAGUGAUGGGAAGUUUAGUUUCUUGUUCUGAUUAUUAUAUAUGUUUUCUAGGUGGCACUUUAGUUCCUUGUUUAUCAUACAUUUUGUUUAUGUUCUGUAAAAUCUUCCUUUGGUUAGAUUGUUUUAUUGCUUCUCUGUUCAGCCCAUCUAGGCUCUUGUUUCCACUCCCUGCCAAAGUCAGCUUGCAAUCAGCUUCAUUUGUUCCACCUGCACGUUGCCAAUUAGUCUCCUAGCUUCACCUGUAUGUAUACUCCUCUGGUGUUUUCAUUCCUUGCUGGAUCAUCAUAUUACUGUCAAGUAUGUCUGAGGCUGUUGCUACACAAAAGCCUUGGUUCCAUGUUCAGCCCGUCUCAUGUCUGCCUGCGAGUUUCUUUUAUUUUGUAUUAAACCUUUUUAUUUGGCAUCUGAAGUGCCUUGAGACAACAUAUGUUGUGAAUUGGCGCUAUACAAAUAAAACUGAAUCUACUCCUGCC